ACAAGAAGAAGAAGACGUAGAAAGAGUGGAUUUUGGUGGAUUAGAGCCUGAAAGGCAACAACCAGCUCAGGCUUAAUCCUCAGACUGGAUCUAACGCUUAUCCAAAACUGUCUGCAACGUUUUUAGUCGAAAACGAGUUGAAAAGUUCAGAGGAAACGAGAACGGGCUGUAAACUGCAACCGCACAGAGACGCAGAGUCCGGUCUCCUUGGUGACGGUGAGGGGCUGUGUUGAUGUUUAUGUUCUGCUAAAACCGACAGAAGGACUCAGAUUCGGACCAGAGCUGGUUUAAAAGCAUCUGACAUGUGGUCUCACCUGUUCAGCUCUGCAACUCCUCCCGUCACCCGCUCUGCUGUUAUGUCUUCUGUGGAGUCUAGUGGGGAUGGGGGGAAAUGGCUGGACGCCCACUAUGACCCUGUGGCUGGUCUCUAUACCUUCUCAUCCUGUGUGGACCUGGCAGAUCUUAUCGGGGACAGGGAGAGCCGGCUGGUGAUGGGGGACCUGGGAACUGGCUCAUCUGGUAUGAAACUGAAGGUCUACCGUGGCACGGCGCUGAUAAGCGAGAACACCCUGCUGGAUCUGCCUGCCGGCCUUGUUGCCUUCUUCAUGGACCUGCAUGAGCCCCGCAUUCCUGCCGUGGCCGUGGCCUCUGGACCCUGCAUCUAUGUCUAUAAGAACCUGCGGCCGUAUUUCAAGUUCACGUUGCCCAGCCUGGAUGUCAACCCUCUGGAGCAGGAUGUGUGGCAGCAGGUGAGGGAGGGUCAAAUCGACCCUGCGAUGCUGAAGGAGAUGCUGGAGAGCAUCAGGAAGAAGGCAGACAUCCCACUGUCCAUCCGAUCGCUCAGGUUUUUGUCUCUGGAGGCUGACGAGGCGGACGAGUUCGUUCAGCUGCACAAACAGCAGCCAAUCAGGCGGCAGACGGUAAUCACCUGUAUCGGGACUCUGAAGAAGAGCACAGCCGACGAGGAUGGGAUAAGCUGUUUGGUGAUCGGUACUGAGAGCAGCGAUGUCUUCAUCCUUGACCCUGAAGCUUUCACCAUCCUCUGCAAGAUGUCUCUUCCUGCUGUUCCCACCAUGAUGGAUGUCGCGGGUCAGUUUGAUGUGGAGUUUCGCAUCACAGUGGCAUGUCGCAAUGGCAGCAUCUACAUCCUGCGCAGGGAGUCCGAGAAACCAAAGUACUGCAUCAAGCUGUCUUCCCAUCCAGUUGGGCUGGUGAGAGUUGGGAAGAACGUGGUUGUAGGAUGCACCGAUGAGAGUCUGCAGGGCUUCACACAGAAGGGGAAGAAGUUGUGGAAGAUCAUUUUGCCUGCUCCCAUCACCACAAUGGCUCCCAUGGACCUGCCCACCAGAGGCCUUCAGGCAGUACUGGUGGGCCUGGCAAACUGUCAGGUCCAACUGUACAGGGAAAAGAACCUGCUUAGUACCAUUAAGACACCAGACACUGUCACCAGCAUCUGCUUUGGUCGGUACGGCCGUGAGGAUGGGACCCUCAUCAUGACCACGAAGGGAGGUGGCCUCAUGGUGAAAAUCCUGAAGAGGACGGCAGUGUUCGAUGACAGGGACAGCGCUCCUGGCCCACCAGUGGCUCAAAGUGUCCGCCUCAAUGUCCCUAAGAAGACCAAGCUGUAUGUGGACCAGACGCUGAGGGAGCGGGAGAAUGGCCUGGCCAUGCACCGGGCCUUCCACAUGGACCUGAGCCGCAUGAGGCUGGCUGCUGCCCGAGCCUAUGUCAAGGCUCUGGAGUCCAGUCUUACACCAAUAUCCUCCAGCCUCUCAGAGCCCCUCAAGAUGAAUGCCGUUGUCCAGGGCCUGGGUCCAUCCUUUAAGCUGACCCUGAAUGUCCAGAACACGGCAUCCUGCCGGCCCGUCAUGAACCUGGCCAUCAGCUUUCUUUAUGAUGACAACCUGUACCGCAUCAGGAACCCAUACAUGAGGAUCCCGCUGCUGGUGCCAGGACUCAUCUACCCCGUUGAGACCUUUGUGGAGUGUACCAGCGACAAGGGCAUCUCUGACAUCAUCAAGGUGUUUGUUUUGCACGAGGAGAAGAGCUCCCCUCUGCUGACGGCUCACAUCAACAUGCCGGUCAGUGAGGGUCUGAUGCUUAACUGAAGCCCAGCGUUCCUGUUGACCAAUUCAUAAGCUGCUGCGACACAGAACGUAGAGAGGAAGCUUUCAGUCAAAAACCUGUUCAACAGUGAUAGGUUUGAGCUGAAGCCCAGAGGCACUAAACAUUUCAGCUAGUUAGAUCACUCAUUUCCACAGUUGGUGAUUAAAGGUCAUUAACGUGUGAAUGGAGAUACAGAAGCAUCAGAGUUCCUCAAUGCCAGAAUGGUGUCUGAGCUGUUAACCAAACACCUUCAAACUGUUUAUAGUGUUCGCUUUUUAAAAAACAGAGAACUCCAGGUACUGAACUGAUGAGGUGUUUUUCAAAAUUUUAGAAACAACAUCUAAUUGGAGGAAUCACUGCUGCAUUUCAGAAACACUAAGCGAUGGAUGUUUCAGAUGCGGUGCUGCAGGUUGUAAAAGACAGUGGCGUGGUUCAUCCAAUUCCUGAUUCAAACAAAGAUAAAAACAUUGUCUGGAGUAAACAAUGUGUCACAUUAUACAAUUAUUACAUGUAGUCUGCUCAGAUAUGCUGCUCUGAAUUGUAAUUGUAUCAAAAUAAAAGAAAACUUGAGCACA